GGCCACAGCUUGAGCUGGGAGGAGGAUGGAGGCUGGGCCACCUCCUGGACCCCCGCCCUCCCUGCCCUGCCUUCCAAGGCCCGGCAGCCUCAGUCCACUGCUGGGUCUGGAACACGGAGCAGUGGCUGCCCUGUGAGGAGGUCCUAGAGCAGCUCCAAAAGGAUGGCGGCUCCGGCGUCUCUAAGGCCUGCAGGGGGUCCAGCCCCAUGGGGGGCGCCCUAGGCCUCCGACAGCUCCCCAUCUGUGCUCCUGCCUGCCGGCCAUCCUCAGGCCACUCGCCAUGGGCGGCUGCUUCUCCAAGCCCAAACCAGUGGAGCUCAAGAUCGAGGUGGUGCUGCCUGAGAAGGAGCGAGGCAAGGAGGAGCUGUCAGCCAGUGGGAAGGGCAGCCCCCGGGCCUACCAGGGCAAUGGCACGGCCCGCCACUUCCACACGGAGGAGCGCCUGCCCACGCCUCACCCCUACCCCAGCCCUCAGGACUGCGUGGAGGCUGCUGUCUGCCACGUCAAGGACCUCGAGAAUGGCCAGAUGCGGGAAGUGGAGCUGGGCUGGGGGAAGGUGUUGCUGGUGAAGGACAAUGGGGAGUUCCACGCCCUGGGCCACAAGUGUCCACACUACGGAGCACCCCUGGUGAAAGGAGUUCUGUCCCGUGGUCGGGUGCGCUGCCCCUGGCAUGGCGCCUGCUUCAACAUCAGCACUGGGGACCUGGAGGACUUCCCCGGCCUGGACAGUCUGCACAAGUUUCAGGUGAAGAUUGAGAAGGAGAAGGUGUACGUCCGGGCCAGCAAGCAGGCCCUGCAGCUGCAGCGAAGGACCAAGGUGAUGGCCAAGUGUAUCUCUCCAAGUGCUGGGUACAGCGGUAGUACCAAUGUGCUCAUUGUGGGUGCAGGUGCAGCUGGCCUGGUGUGUGCAGAGACACUGCGGCAGGAGGGCUUCUCCGACCGGAUCGUCCUGUGCACGCUAGACCGGCAUCUUCCCUAUGACCGUCCCAAGCUCAGCAAGUCCCUGGACACGCAGCCUGAGCAGCUGGCCCUGAGGCCCAAGGAGUUCUUCCGAGCCUAUGGCAUCGAGGUGCUCACCGAGGCUCAGGUGGUCACAGUGGACGUGAGAAACAAGAAGGUCAUGUUCAAGGAUGGCUUCAAGCUGGAGUAUAGCAAGCUACUGCUGGCACCAGGGAGCAGCCCCAAGACUCUGAGCUGCAAAGGCAAAGAGGUGGAGAACGUGUUCACCAUCCGGACGCCAGAGGAUGCCAAUCGUGUGGUGAGGCUGGCCCGAGGCCGCAAUGUGGUCGUCGUAGGAGCCGGCUUCCUGGGGAUGGAAGUGGCCGCUUACCUGACAGAGAAGGCCCACUCUGUGUCUGUGGUGGAGCUGGAGGAGACGCCCUUCAGGAGGUUCCUGGGGGAGCGCGUAGGUCGUGCCCUUAUGAAGAUGUUUGAGAACAACCGGGUGAAGUUCUACAUGCAGACGGAGGUGUCAGAGCUGCGGGCCCAGGAGGGAAAGCUGAAGGAGGUUGUGUUGAAGAGCAGCAAGGUCGUGCGGGCUGAUGUCUGCGUGGUGGGCAUUGGUGCGGUGCCCGCCACUGGCUUCCUGAGGCAGAGCGGCAUCGGUCUGGAUUCCCGAGGCUUCAUCCCUGUCAACAAGAUGAUGCAGACCAAUGUCCCAGGUGUGUUCGCAGCUGGUGAUGCCGUCACCUUCCCCCUUGCCUGGAGGAACAACCGGAAAGUGAACAUUCCACACUGGCAGAUGGCUCAUGCUCAGGGGCGCGUGGCAGCCCAGAACAUGCUGGCGCAGGAGGCAGAGAUCAGCACCGUACCCUACCUCUGGACCGCCAUGUUUGGCAAGAGUCUGCGCUACACGGGCUAUGGAGAAGGCUUCGACGACGUCAUCAUCCAGGGAGAUCUGGAGGAGCUGAAGUUUGUGGCUUUUUACACUAAAGGCGACGAGGUGACUGCCGUGGCCAGCAUGAACUACGAUCCUAUUGUGUCCAAGGUUGCUGAGGUGCUGGCCUCAGGCCGUGCCAUCCGGAAGCGGGAAGUGGAGCUGUUUGUGCUGCACAGCAAGACUGGCGACAUGUCUUGGCUUACGGGGAAAGGAUCCUGAGCUCAUAUGCAGUACACUUGGGCAGGCACGGGGCGGGGGUGGGGGCACCAGGGGCAGAGGCCAAGCCUUGGGGGCAGGUGCCAAUCUCCAGUCCCAGGAUCCCCCAGGUCAGAACCUGAGCCCUCCCAGUGCUUGCCUUCAGCCACCUGACUCCCCUCCAGGGAGGCCUCUGCAGCCUCCAGAAGAUGCUCAACCCUCAAGGCCUCUGCUGCCACUGACAGCUGGCACUAGAGGCAGGACAGGCCCUGUCUCUUCUCCUUCUGUUGGGACUGGUCCCCUGAAGGACCCAGCAACAUGUUAGACAUAACUGUAAAAUUAAAACGCACACAUUUGCAGA